GAAUUUUCCAAACUUUUCCCCAUUUCUAAAGCAAGAAAAAAAGAAGGAGACGCUGUACGCUCUAUUAUAGGAGAGAGGGAGCGAAAAUGGAGGAAGAUGGGUUUGAAGCAGAGCCGAAUCCUGUGGAGUUCGGCACUUGCUUGAGUUCCUACAUCGAUGAUGGAACCACUGAGAGCCACAGAUACUUCCUUUCUCGAAGAACAGUUGUGGAGAUGCUUAAGGACCGAGGUUACACUAUCAACUCCCCCGAUAUCGACCUCUCUCUUCAACAAUUCCGAGAUAUUUUUGGCCAAUACCCCGACGUUGAUCGCCUAAAACUAUACGCCGCUCAUCACUCCGAUCCCUCCAAAAGAGUUCUUGUAGUAUUCUGUGGAACUGGUGCAGUAAAAGUUAAUGCUAUUCGCAAUAUUGCUGGCCAAAUUGCUAAUAAGGACAGUUUGCAUGGUCUUAUUUUAAUUGUGCAAAAUCAAAUUACAAACCAAGCCAUGAAAGCAGUUGAGCUUUUCUCGUUUAAGGUUGAAAUAUUCCAGAUUACUGACUUGCUCGUCAACAUCACAAAGCAUGCUUUAAAGCCGAACCAUCAAGUACUAACGGAGGAAGAAAAACAAAAGCUUUUGAAACAAUACAGUAUAGAGGAAAAACAGCUUCCUCGUAUGUUACGUACGGAUGCUAUCGCUCGAUAUUAUGGACUGGAGAAAGGGCAAGUUGUGAAAGUGACUUACGAUGGUGAUAUGACUAGUGCACACGUAACUUACCGUUGUGUUUGGUGAUGGACCUAUAGACACAGGUUUCACCAAUCAACUUUUCAAUUUCUUCCCCCAUAAAACUCAGAUUAGUUUUUGUCUUAAACUUCUAUGUUCCAGAACUUCUUGUAUUUAAUAGGGGUUUCGAGUGCAGAUUUUUAUGAUUAUGGGUUUCUUCAAGCAAUCUGUAUCCACAAUUACUGCAGCCAUGCUUAACAAGGUACUUGUAACUCCCUCCAGUUCUGUAUGAGUAUGAAAGAAAAGGAAUGAAGCUAGUUGUAGAUGUAUUUAUAUCUUUUUCA